AGCUUCGUCAUUAGCAUUCUUCCUCGCACUAUCACGCGUCAUUCCUCUUUACAAGGCGCCUGCAUGCUCUAGGCGUCUAAACCGUGUAAGGGCUUUCUUUCUUGGCUGGCAGUGGUGCAGGCCUUGCCACUGAGCUUUUCCAUUGAACACAGAUUUUCUGCUAGUUACGUUUGUGACACGCUUCAACCCCAAGCCAUGGGGGAAACCGCUGCAGGGACUCCACAGGGGAACGAGAAUGGGGAGAAAACGUCUAUGCCCGUCCACGUAGUUAUUGUGGGCGCAGGGCCGGCGGGUCUGCUGCUGGCGUUCUAUCUUUUGGAGCGAGGCAACAAAUCGUUCAAAGUUUCCCUUUACGAGUCGCGGGAAGAUCUGCGAACGACAGCAAAGAGAGAGCUGAACGCGCGGCGGUAUUCCCUCUCACUUGCGUACAAGGGGAAAAUGGUGUGCAAGCCGAUGCCGGGACUGUUGGAAGCUAUCAAAGAGAUAAGCCGCCCGCUGGACCAACUCCACAUACACGUCGGCCGGUAUGUCGGUGCCUCUGCCAUGCGACUCGACCUGGUCAGGGCCCGGGGGGGCGACCGAGAAAACCGGGGCGGGUUAAAUAUCGACCGCGCUAACCUGUGCGCAGUUAUGCUGGAAAAGCUCCUGGAGAGGCACGGCGACUCGGGCCUGCUCGACGUGCAUUUCUUCAAGCGGUGUGCAGGCGUCGACUUCAGAAAGCACGAGGCCUCCUUCGAAGACGUGAGGGAGAACGUGGAGGCCGAGGGCAGCAAGGGGUUGUCGGUUGACGUCAUCCCCGGACAAGACACCCAGCGAACAGCGUUCGGCGUCCAAUUGCAAACGGUGCCCUACAAUCUGAUUGUGGGCGCAGAUGGUGUCAACUCCAUGGUGCGCCACACCAUGGCCCUGGAGCCACGUGGGUUUGACUGCUCGGUGAUCGACCAAUUUACCGGCUUCUACAUCCUUCACGUGCCUAGACCGCCGCAUAUCAGCCCCUCAGGCCUGAACAUCGUGCCCAGCUGCCCCGACAGCGCCUCCUUCCGCUGCGUCUUCUACCCCAACGGCCACGACGGCGAGAGCUUAAAUCUCGCCAUCGGCUGGGCCAACAACGACCCCGUCCGGAUCCGUUCCCAGGUCCGGUGCGAUCCGUACCACCAUUCGGACGGCCGCGCCGUCCUGGUGGGCGACGCUGCGCACGCCACGUCACCCUCUAUCGGGCAGGGCUGCAAUUCUUCCAUGGUCGAUGCAGCGGUUCUGGCCCGGUUGUUACUCGGCGAAGUGGUCGGGGAAGACGACCGGUUGGGACUCAAGGAGAAACGGACGUCUGAGAAAGUGGCGGACGCGUCCGGCAGCGGUCGGGAGGCGUUCUUCGAGCGGCUGCCGCGCGCGCUGGAGCGGUAUUCUGCGUUGCAGGUACGCGAGGGUCACGCACUGGUGGACCUGUCCGAGUCGGAAGGGCCGUUGGAUAAGAACGUCGCAUUCUGGCACCAGCUGAGGACUAUGGCCCUAGGCGUGUUCAGCAGGUUUUUGCCGUGGUUCUUCCCGAAGCCAAUCCUUGCCAUGGUGGGCUCUAACAUGCCUUUCUCGGAGAUGAGACGGAUCCACGCCAGAGAGGUGGAGAAGGUGCUGAGCUCCAAUGCGAAGCUGCGCGCGGAGUGGCGCAGGACACAGGCGCAAAAGACGCUUUCUGCGUCAGUUUGA